CUGGUUUCUGUCGUUAAACAGUACGUUAAUGAAUGGUCGUUUAGCCAGGAUCUGUUCGCAGAAACGAAGUUAUGCGGCAGCGAAGUCUACGGUGGUGGCGACCUUCGUCCAGAUAUUCAAUUAAAUGACACGGGCGACCAGAGUCGCAGUGAUCAGAAUCAUCAUCGAGGUUUGCAAUGUCGCGAAACGUUAGACAUUGUUAUUACUCAUGAACCCGCCAUGGCAAAAAACAGUCCUCCGCGCCAGACCGAAGAGACCGCAUCGACAGACUACUACCGACAGAUCAUCGAACAAAAGUCUUCCAAGUCGGUUACGGUGCAAGUUCUCAACCAGAACGCCAAGGUAACCGUGUGCUGUGCACUGUCGAUCGGUCACAAAGCGGAUACUUCUGACUACGACCAACGGGAAGUGACGAACAAACGUCGCGUGUCGCAUCUUCGUCGCCGCUUAGUGCUUUGCUUUCGUUGUAAUCGUUGA